AUACCGACUCGUCAUAUUAUGACAAGAAUGAUUGGUACUGCUGUAAAAAGUAUGUAGGGAGUGUUUUUAUUACUAUAUUUAUUGUAGUUGUCAAUCUAGUUGUGUAUUAAGACAAGUAGACAGCGACUGAGCUCGUUCACAUUUUGGACCGUUGCACGAUGCGGCCGGUACCAUGCACUAUUCUAGCAAUAGUGCUUUUUGCUGCACUAAGUGCAGCCCAGAUGGGUGAAUUUCACGACAUGAUGAGAGGAUGCGUUGCCGAACGUGGUUUCUGCAUUGAUGUAAAUAAAGUAGCAGCCCAGGGUACUCCCCCAGGAGAAGCCGCCGAGGCAGCCGAGGCAGCAGCUGGAGCGGCACCAACACAACCCCCACCACCUGCACCUCGUGGUAGAAGACGUGGCCGUGGGCCUAACCCUCUAGGGAGAGCACAUCAACCAAGACAACCUCCACAACUGGACUUUUUUGGACAAAUGAACAUACUGAAUACCCACUGUGCAAGCUAUGACUUCGAACCAGCAUGCAUGAAUACGGGUGGCUAUUGUUGUUUCCCACACCCGUAAACGAUUCUGAUUUAUAGACAACAAACAGCCAUAACUUAUUAGCAGCAACUAAAAUGUUUUUGUAUGGGUACAAGGGAUUAUCAUCAUGUAUUGUAUUAUUAUCACCAACUUUUGUUUUUUAUAAAUAAAAUAUGAAAAACGUCAA